ACGCUCCCCAUGCCCAUGGCGAUGGCCACCGCCCUCUCCACCUCCCUCCCGCACCUCCAGCCUCGCCCCUGCCGCCUCCCCUCCUCUCCCGCCACCGCAGUCUCCCUCUACACCCGUGCCGUCCGGAGGCGGGAGCCUCCUACCCGCCUCGCGGCCGUCGCGUCGGCCUCCGAGCUCCUCGACUCCACCAACGGCGCCGUUACCGCGCCGUCGACCGGCACGGCGUCGGGGCAGCAGCAGUAUGGGCGGGAGUACUUCCCAUUGGCCGCCGUCGUCGGUCAGGAUUCAAUUAAAACUGCUUUGCUUCUUGGGGCAAUCGACCGUGAGGUUGGAGGCAUUGCCAUUUCCGGGAAGCGCGGCACGGCAAAGACGGUGAUGGCUCGCGGCUUGCAUGCCAUGCUUCCGCCCAUCGAAGUGGUUGUGGGCUCAAUUUCAAAUGCUGAUCCCAACAAUCCAGAAGAAUGGGAGGAACAUUUAGCUGGCCAAGUGCAAUAUGAUGCUGAUGGCAAUGUCAAAUCUGAGAUUAUUAAAGCACCUUUUGUGCAGAUUCCACUUGGUGUCACAGAGGAUAGGCUCAUUGGAUCUGUUGAUGUCGAAGCAUCUGUGAGAUCAGGAACUACCGUGUUUCAGCCUGGUCUUCUCGCUGAAGCGCAUAGAGGUGUUCUUUAUGUUGAUGAGAUAAAUCUUUUGGAUGAGGGCAUAAGCAAUCUGCUUCUCAAUGUCCUGACGGAGGGAGUUAAUAUUGUGGAAAGAGAGGGUAUUAGCUUCCGUCAUCCGUGCAAACCACUUUUGAUUGCUACUUACAACCCGGAGGAAGGAUCUGUACGUGAACACUUACUCGAUCGUAUUGCAAUUAAUUUAAGUGCGGACCUUCCAUUAAAUUUUGAUGACCGCGUGGCAGCUGUCAAUAUUGCAACCCAAUUUCAAGAGUCUAGCAAAGAUGUUUUUAAGAUGGUGGAAGAAGAAACCGAGGUUGCAAAAACUCAGAUAAUUUUGGCAAGAGAGUAUUUGAGGGAUGUUGCUAUCAGCACAGAGCAGCUCAAGUAUCUAGUCACGGAAGCUAUACGCGGUGGGUGUCAGGGGCACAGAGCUGAGCUGUAUGCUGCUCGAGUGGCUAAAUGUCUUGCUGCUAUGGAAGGACGUGAAAAAGUUUACGUGGAUGACCUCAAGAAAGCUGUAGAGCUAGUUAUUCUACCACGUUCGAUCAUAUCUGAUAACCCACAGGAGGAGCAAAACCAGCCACCUCCACCCCCACCUCCACAACCUCCACAAAAUCAAGAUUCUGCAGAAGACCAAGAUGAGAAGGAGGAAGAUGAGGAGAAGGAGGAGGAAAAGGAGGACGAUGACGAAGAAAACGAACAACAGGAUGACCAGAUACCUGAGGAGUUUAUUUUUGAUGCUGAAGGUGGACUAGUAGAUGAUAAGCUCCUUUUCUUUGCUCAGCAAGCACAGAGAAAAAAAGGAAAGGCUGGACGAGCAAAAAAUGUCAUAUUCUCAGAAGACAGGGGCCGAUACAUAAAGCCUAUGCUUCCGAAGGGUCAAGUAAGGAGAUUAGCUGUAGAUGCGACACUUCGAGCAGCCGCACCAUACCAAAAACUGCGGAGAGAGAAAAAUAUUGACAAGACAAGAAAAGUUUUUGUUGAAAAGACUGACAUGAGAGCCAAAAGAAUGGCUCGAAAAGCAGGUGCUCUGGUCAUAUUUGUUGUGGACGCUAGUGGCAGCAUGGCGCUGAAUCGCAUGCAGAAUGCCAAAGGUGCGGCAUUGAAGUUGCUUGCAGAAAGCUACACAAGCAGAGAUCAGGUUUCAAUCAUACCCUUCCGUGGAGAUUAUGCUGAGGUUCUACUUCCACCAUCGAGAUCCAUAGCAAUGGCCCGAAAACGUCUUGAAAAACUUCCAUGUGGUGGCGGUUCUCCUUUAGCUCAUGGCCUCAGUACAGCUGUCAGAGUGGGGUUGAAUGCUGAAAAGAGUGGUGAUGUUGGACGCAUCAUGAUUGUUGCAAUCACUGAUGGAAGAGCUAACGUAUCACUGAAGAAAUCCAAUGACCCAGAAGCUGCUGCUGCUUCAGAUGCACCAAGACCUUCUAAUCAGGAAUUAAAGGAUGAGAUUCUCGAGGUGUCUGCCAAAAUAUACAAGGCAGGAAUGUCACUUCUGGUCAUUGAUACCGAGAACAAGUUUGUAUCCACGGGAUUUGCCAAGGAGAUCGCAAGGGUUGCCCAAGGGAAAUAUUACUACCUGCCAAAUGCUUCGGAUGCGGUAAUCUCUGCCGCCACCAAGACAGCUCUCGCCGACCUGAAGGGUUAGUGAGUUGGGAGCAUUGGCGCCCACCUGUUGUUUCUACCAUCCAAUAUCUGUGGUGAAGCUUCUUCGUUUGUGAAGUAAUUUGUGCAGCAGUGUUCAUUCUCUCUGUAACCCUGGGACAUUUCGGCUCUUAUAUAACCCAAUUUUGCUGUAGUUUUUUCUUUUCUUCUUUUUUUUUGAGCAUAACAUCGUGUAAAGAUCGGGAAUUCUCCUGCUGAUUCUCAAAUAAUUGGCCCUGUAAAUCGGUUGAUGUUAUAUUGAAGGCAGAAAUGUGCUGCCAUUGAGUA